AUUGUUCAACGUUGGUACAACUGAAUUUAGUUCUUAAUCGGUGAUCACUGAUAAACUGUUUUGUCAAAUGCAGUUGGUACGGUCGAUUCUAUAUGAAUACCUAUAAAUAUACGUUCCAUAGACGCGCUCAUGUACGCGAACGUAUACGCAUAUAUUAGUGUACGCAUUGUGUAUACGCAUAUAUAUUUCGAACGAUUGCGCACAGUACAAAAUAUCUGACUGACAGCUGGCAGCACGACACGCAGGAGUGGCAGAUCAUGUAACGAAUUCUAAUUGGAAAAGGUAAUAUCUGUUGGUUUGAGAGCAAAACCACUGCCAAGAUUAUAUUAGAAGAAUUAGCAGGAUAGGCAGACGCAGGCAGAACAGCGGGGGUGGGGGUGGGAGAUUCAGAGGCGGUAUGACACGACCUCCUAACAAUGACAACCUUAUGACCUUUAAAUUGGUCGUGGUUGGCGAUGGAGGAGUUGGAAAAAGUGCACUAACCAUACAGUUCUUUCAAAAAUUAUUUGUCACCGAUUAUGAUCCUACCAUCGAGGAUAGCUAUAUUCAACACACGGAAGUAGAUAAACAAUGGUGUAUUCUAGAUGUGCUAGAUACAGCUGGCCAAGAAGAAUUUAGUGCCAUGCGUGAACAAUACAUGAGGAAGGGUGAUGGAUUUUUAUUGGUAUAUUCUGUGACAGACAAACAGUCUUAUGAAAAUAUUAUCAACUUCCAUACUCAAAUUCUUAGAGUAAAAGACAGAGAUGUCUAUCCAAUGCUUCUUGUUGCCAAUAAGGUUGAUUUGGUACAUUUAAGAAAAGUGACGGAGGAACAGGGACGGGAAUUGGCACAUCGUCUGGGUAUUCCUUAUAUUGAAACUUCUGCCAAAGAUCCACCUCUAAAUGUGGAUGCUGCGUUUCAUGAAGUUGUACGCAUUAUUAGAAAUCAACCACCAGCUGAAUUGGAAAAAAAUCGUCGGAAACGGAGACGUACUGGAAAAUGCAAUGUUUUAUAAAGUCUUCAUAAUUUUAUUGGGAAAGGAGUAAGGUUUAUUAUUUACUAUUGCACACAUUUAUUCAUACAAAAAUGCCACAAAGCUAAAACGAAAUUUGAAACCUUUAGUCCUAAAAUAUGCAUUGGUGCUUAUGUUUAACGAGUAGUCCAAUAUUUCAUUUAUUACUAAUAUAUUAGAGUAUAAUAUUAGUAACUCUGUUCUAUUAUCAAUUAAUGUUUCUUCAAAUUGGUAUGCGAAAUAAGAUUCAGUAACAGAUACCACCAACUAAAAAAAAAAAAAAAAAGAACAAAAAAAAACAAAAAAAAAUAUGGCAUAAUUAUAUUCGUCAUAUUGUAUUCCGCAUCAGUUUAGAUUAAGCAACCAAAAGUACAUUGAUAAUAUUGGCUGUUCAUCUUAUGUAUGAUACGGGGAGACUACGUCUUCAUUCUUGCAUACACAUCAAUUUUCUACCAUCGAUAAUGUAAUAUGGAAUUGAACGUUUUUUAUUGCAUAAUUAUAGGGAAGGUUUUUAACUUCUCCUUGUAAGGUCUUGUCAUGAAAUGACUAUAAUGGUUUUAUAUGUCGACUCAGCUCAUUUUUAAAACGGCUGUCGAAAGUUCUAGCUUUAAGCAUAUUUAUUUUAUUACAAUUAUUUACCUCCCUUUUUCAAUUAUGGUUGAUCUUCUAACAUAAGAUACAAAGCUUCCAUAAAUUUAUUAUUUUCAAAUAAUUCUUAUUAUAAAUAAAAAAAAUUUUCUUUUUCUAAUAUAUA